UGUUCGUUCUUUUUCUUUCUAAAGCACAAUUGUACGAUUAUUUUAUUUUAAGUGCAUAAAUUCGACAGUUCAGCCAAAGAAAAACAGGCUAAAUAAUAGUAUGAAUUAGUGUAUGCUCGGUGCAAGAGGUCCAUGUGAAAGGAACAGACUUAUCAAUGGCAGAUGAAGGCAGUGAUACAUCGGACGACAGUUUGGACGUGAGAAGCGAGAAAUUCGAUCCGUUAAAGGCAUUAUAUUCACCCAAAGUGCGACUGGCAUCUUCCGUGCCGAUGUAUGACAAUAUUUCGAAAUUCGAGUCCGUUCUGAAAGGCAUCAAUGUGUCGACGAAAAGUGAUAAAUCAACCGUACCAGAAUCCACGAGGGAGAGAUUUUUAUCGAAUCAAGAACCAGUGUCUAGAAGAAGACGUGAACGGAAGGAUGUCCUCUCGAAAAUGCAAAAGAUCCUCGGCCCGUUAGGAAUGCUUCAUGGAUGCAUGGAAAAUAAAAUCCGAGUUAGGGUCUACACCAGGAACGCGUACGGCAUAAGGGGACAUGUGGAAGCAUACGUGGCCGCCUUCGACAAGUUCUGGAACCUCGCACUCGAGGACUGCUUCGAGGUCUGGUCCCGUAAAGUCAAGAGGAAAGCACCCGCUGUCGGUCCUGAUGCAGUCAGGAUAGAGCCAGCAGAAAAAGACAUCCCUAAGGUGGUAGUGAAGAAGAUUGAGGGAAAAAUGGAGACAUUGGAAAGACACGUGCCGCAGAUGCUACUGAGGGGAGAACAAGUCGCUAUAAUUGUCAAAAUCAAUUGACUAUGUGUUAUCGUAUUAAGGGCCGUCUCACAAGUACCGUGCCACGUGCAUUCAAUAACA